ACCUUGAGAAAAAGUCGGCAGGUUCGUCAAAUUAAUAAGCGGGCGUCAAAGGAAGGCUUCAGGCUUGAACUAUACAGUAAGCUAUGGCUAUUUGUUAUUGCUACCUGCAGGCCCGAAAGACAAACGUCUGAAAUUUAAAUUCCAAACUAAAUCUUUGCUCGGAGCUAGGCCAUAAAUGAGUAUUCUGGCCUUGAAUGUAAGGAAGACUUCAGUUCCGUUUCUUCCUUUCAUCAACUGGCAGCUAACGUUUCAGCGUGGAAAGAAAAUGGCAGCAAGUAAACUAACUGACGAAGAAAGAACUACAUUUUUGAAUCCAUUACAUGAUGCUGGUUGGACUUUGGUUAGCAACAGGGAUGCUAUUUACAAAGAAUUUGUCUGUCAAGACUUCAAUCAGGCAUGGGGGUUUAUGUCAAAGGUAGCACUACAAGCUGAAAAAAUGGACCAUCAUCCUGAGUGGUUUAAUGUUUAUAACAAAGUCCAAAUUACUCUUUCAACACAUGAUGUUAAUGGGCUUAGCCAAAGAGAUGUGAAACUUGCCAAUUUUAUUGAAAAAGUCAAAUCAACUUAAUGCAACAUACUCUUACAAGAUUAUCUGAUUUCACAAAAAUCACUUGAUGUUUUUCUUCAUAAAUUCUUAGUCUGCAUAGUGGUUUCUUCAUGCUGUUUAUUAAUCACACUUGUCUUACUGUUGGUAAUGGUAUGAAACAGAAAAUUAAAAGAAAUAAAUGUGUCAACUCAA